AUGGACACCUGUAUGAUAAUGUUGUUAUUUCUACACUUACAAGUGUGUUUCGCGAAGUUUCUAGAAACCUACCCCCGACCAGAGCGACCGGAAUUCCGUUUUCUGACGACUGGUAAACCAUGUAAUGGUCCAGACGACCCUGGCUAUAUCAAGUCAGGUCUUAGUAGUAUACCAGUCACUUCGAGGAACCAGUCUCUCAUCCAUCGGGAUGGAAGAGAAACAGUGUCCAAGUUCCAAGCUGGAGUCGUUUAUCUGAUAGACAUUGAUGUCGGCACUCCCAGACAAACGAUUAAAGUCAUCAUAGACACCGGGUCGUGGGAGUUGUAUCUCAACCCAAAUUGUGCCCGUGCCGCAGACCAGAUGUUUUGCGCAGGGUCAGGGCACUACUAUCCCACAUCGUCAAGUACCGCGAGAAACCUGUCAAGCCGUUACUAUGUUUCUUUUGGCACUGGGGGAUACGUGGGUGACUAUUUUAGUGACACAUUGUGGUUUGGGGACGACUACUGGCCCGUAUCGUCGCUUCAAUUCGGGGUCUCCGAUGACAGCGACUAUGUUUGGGCAGGCAUUAUUGGCCUUGGUUAUGGUCAGAGGUUUAACACCAAGUACCCAAACUUACUCGAUCUUCUCGUUUCUCAGGGCUACAUCAAUGUCCCAAUUUUCAGUUUGGGUGUGGGUAGCCAAGAUGAUGAUGAUGCCGAAAUCGUCUUCGGAGGCGUCGAUACUCACAGGUUCAACGGUUGGCUUGAGCCACUUGACCUCUACCCACCACCAGAAAUCCAGGAAAGUCUCUGGCACCAGGCACAAUAUUGGAUCAACUUGACAUCAUUUGGCUACACCACCCCAGGCGGCUCGAUGACUACCUUGACUGGUUCCGACUUUUCACGGAUUAUGUUGCUUGACACUGGGUCGACCUAUUCCUAUAUUGACGCAGAUCUAGUUGCAGCUUUGGCACAACAGUUCAGUGCAACCGUUGACGAUCAAGGGGUAUACUACGUCUCCUGCAAGUACUUGGAAAUGAAUGGCUACGUGCACUUCGGAUUUAACCAGGGGAACAUUGUCAUUCACGCCAAGUACAAUGACUUUGUCGUCGACUUUGGAAGCCGUUGCGCUCUGGGCGUGCAGCCGGCUGAUGCUGGGGUAAAUACGUGGGUAUUGGGAGCAACUUUCAUUCGCUCAGCCUAUAUCGUUUUCGACCAGAUGUACGAUGCUAUUUGGCUUGCGAACUAUCAGCCAUGCGGAGAUUCACUUGUGACAGAUCUCACGGAAGAUGCAGGAAACCAACUCUGGGGGGAAUUAUACGGUGGGUGCUGA